AUGAGCUCGCCUCAGAAGAAGACCGCCGCCGCAACAGACGGUAACCUCUGUGUUGCUCAGUACCAUGAGCGCCAGCAGGCAAAGGGCGACGCGCUCGCUGCAAAGGCCGCGUCGGGGACAACCCAGUCGGAGAUUGUCCUCGAAGGUUCCUCUGUAGUCAACGACGCCGUUGACUACGAAGACGACGACGUGGAGAUGGAAGAGGGCGAGGCCUCUUCUAGCAAGCGCAAGGAGUCUAUCGACAGCGAUAGUCUCGACCCGCAUGCCGGGUCGAGACGCCCUCGUGAAGGAGACGACUCGGACGCUUCGAGCUCGAAGCGUUCGCGCGGCGAGAGCGACACUCCGCUCUCUGCUGCUGGGGCUUUAAGCUCCCCGCGUGAGGUGGCGCCUUCAAGCUCUCCGCGCGCUGCUCAGGCAGCGCGCGAUCCGUGGAUGCCGUCUGCGUCAGAGAUCGCAGACCGUGUGGGCAACACUGUGCCUCCAAACGAAAUCCCGCUGUACCAAGAAGACUUCUUCUCGCAGCAAAGUGCCGAGUGGCAGGCACUUUGUCAAAGUUGGAACGCUUUUGUUGAGAACUUCAACAAGAAACCGGCUGCUUACCGUGAGCGGGUUAAGCACGCCCGUGAACGCUUCGAGACAUUCUCGACGCGCGGGAGGUUGGAGCAGCUCCACAGAUCUUCUGUGGACACUGGUAUUCCACGCGCUGUGCCCGAAGGCCAACAGUGCACGUUGUGUCUUCCGGGUGCGGCGCGCUUGAGCGACCGCGACCUAAACAGGUACACGACGAUUCGUGUACCUGCGAGUCUCAAGGAUCUCCGUGCCAAGUUCUUGGCACGCGAGGAACGCGACGAUCGUGGGACUUCGGGCGCUGUAGGUGACCACAGCGCUCGCACUACCUUCGCGUCGGCAGUGCGUGGUGAGCUUCGUACGCCCUCACCAUUUCCGGAACGUCCUGCAGCAGGACGUCCCGCGGCUCCCAUGUAUCUUGGUGGGGCGGAAACCCUCUCCAACGAAUACGAUAACGAACCGGCUGCCGGUUCGUUUUCGGGAUACUAUGGUUCACAAUACGCUCAACAAUCCAGCGUGUUGAGCCGCGGGCGUCGCGGAUCGGAGGCGGCGGUGGUGGGAACACGCCCCGGGUAUGGUCAACCUGGGGUUGACCUUGGCCCGACGCUCGAGGAGCGGGUCGCUGCUGUGGAACAGCAUCAGAGUCGGGAGUUCGCCGCUCCGAAGCAGGAGGUGGCGAUCCUGAGGGCUCAGGUCGCUCAGGGCUCGCAGACCGCGUCGGACAUCUCUGUCGACGUGGGAGGUCGCGUCGCACGCUUGGCCCAGCGCGUUCACGAACUGGAGCAGAGGUUCGCUCCCGCUGGGGCUUCCGCUUCGGGCCAGCCGAGCUAG